AUGAAUCUGAGCAGACCAAGUAUUGAACUCGGGGCUUUUCCAUGUUUUCUGGUUGUCGCUGCUACCGUUUCUCUCCUGGGCUGUCUUCUGUCUCCGUGCUCUGCUGUCCAUCAUGUUGCACAACCAGCCGGAAGGCCCAACACGAAGCAGUACAUUGUGCACUUAACAUCGGUGCCGUCCGUGUUGUCCUAUCGGGGCGGAGUCAGCGGGCUGCGGGCCACAGCGACUGUGGAUGAUAACGAGGACGAGUAUGACGAGGAUGAAAAUGAGGAUAAUGAGGACAGUCAGGAGGAUGGUGGCUCUAUUGCUGGAGACAAGGCACCGAUGGCAAGUGGAGCCACGUCAGCAGUGCUGACGGUGCAGCAGCUGAGUGCACGUGCGGCGCGCAUCAUGCGCUCAACCCCGUGGGGACGACUCACGCGACCCGACGUGCGGUUACCACACGUCCAGGCCUUCACCCGCUUCCUGGAAGCUUCUCACCGCAGCCUGCUGCAGUCUCUCGGGAUCCCAUCCUCAGCCAUUUUCCACAGCUACACAUACCUGAUGAACAGCUUCGCAGCGCAGCUGACUGGUGCUGAGGUAAAGAAGCUGAAGAGGCACCCAGCAGUGGCAGAGGUGGAGAGAGACAGGACAGUGCGAGUGACCUCAGUGCACUCCCCUGAGUUUCUAAAGCUCGACUCGAGCCUGUGGCCCGCGAAUGGCGGGCAGAGCAACGCAGGAGAGGGAGUGAUCAUUGGAGUGAUCGACUCGGGGAUUUGGCCCGAAAAUCCCUCCUUCUCCAACCCUGACCCAAACGGAGUGCCUUACUCUUCUGUCCCCGUCCGCUGGAGAGGCGUGUGCAGCAAAACAGACGACUUCACAGCGUGCAACGGCAAGGUGGUUGGGGCGAGGUUCUUCAUAAAAGGGGCAGAGCGGAAUUUUGGCAAAAUAGACAUCUCAACUGAGUACCGGUCGGCACGGGACAUGCUGCAGCACGGCACGUGGUGUGCGGGUGUUAUGAAAAUUCCACACCUACUCCCUUCUUUCCCCUCCCACCCCUCGUUCCCCCUCAGGGGUGCUGCUGGCAACGCAGGUGUGGAGGUGACAACAGGCGGCCGAACCUUCGGCACAGCCUCGGGCAUGGCUCCCCGAGCCAGGCUGGCAGUGUACAAGGGGCUGUGGAUCGUUGGGGAGUAUGAAGGGGUGGGGUCCGGUUCUGACCUCAUAGCUGCUGCAGAGAAGGCGGUAGCUGACGGGGUGGAUGUCAUAUCAUGCUCGUGGGGGGGCCUUGCCAUGUACUUCCAAGACCUGCCCUACUUGAGAGGGCUUAAGGCCGGGGUGGUCACAGCCUUUGCAGCCGGCAACGAGGGUCGCCCCAACCCCAUGAGCAUAUGGGGCACUCUCUCGAGCGCCUCUCCCUUCUACCUCACAGUGGGAGCAAGCACCAUGGGUCGAAAGUACACGGCUGAGUUCACCCUGGGCGAUGGAACCACCUUCACAGGGUAUAGUCUCGGCGGCACCGCUGCCACGGCGUCACCUCUGCCUCUCAUGCUCGCCGGGGAUGCUGCGUCCCCUCCCGAAGCCACGGGCGCGGUGAGCUUCUUAUCUGGUUGGCAUGCUCGCUUAGUCAACGCUGCACCUUGUGCUCGCUUGGUCAACGCUGCACCUUGUGCUCGCUUGGUCAACGCUGCACCUUGUGCUCGCUUGGUCAACGCUGCACCUUGUGCUCGCUUGGUCAACGCUGCACCUUGUGCUCGCUUGGUCAACGCUGCACCUUGUGCUCGCUUAGAAACAGCUACCCGUUGUUGCUACUUGACUCAGCGCCGCCAUUUGUUGCUUGCUGAGAUGCCUCAGAUUCCAGAGAGGUAUGGCGCAAGCGUUGACGAAGUGCUUAUGUGGGCAGAUACGCUGGGAGCAGCUGCUAUACUCGUUAUAAGCGAGGCCGCGGAGUACGACGCGGCUCCUAUCUUCUCCUACUCGAAGACUCCCAGCAUUGUGUUGAGCCCAACAGCCACGCUUUCCGCCUUCACCGUCUCCCACUCCUCCAACGCCCCUCAGCUCGCUUACUUCUCCUCCACGGGUCCCCCACGCAGCCCAAUCUACCCUCCCGCACUUCUCAUGCGCGACUUUCCCACUAAUGACAUCCUUAAACCCGACAUCAUCGGUCCGGGGUACCAACUAUGGGCCGCAGCUCCCGGUAAGUCGCUUGAGACUGCUGCGACCGACCCGCCCGAGUUUAACUACUACUCCGGAACGUCAAUGUCGACGCCGCACUUGGCGGGGAUCAUGGCGCUGAUCGUGCAGAGCAAGCCGAGCUGGUCCCCGUCGCAAGUGAUUUCCGCGAUAACCACGACGGCGUAUACGAGGAAUGAAAACGGGCAGCCAAUUCAACGGGCAAAUGGAAAGAAGGCGAACGCGUGGGACUAUGGAGGAGGCCACGUGGAUCCCACGCGUGUCUUGGACCCUGGGCUCACGUUUCAUGCGGCGCACAAGCAUUUCGUGAAUUUCCUUAUGAUGAGGGACCCGAUAAGAACGAAGAAGCGAUUCUGGCGCAUGGGAAAGGCGCACCCGAUUUUUGCUUGGAACCUCAACCGCGCCUCGAUAGCGGUGACUCGACUGCACGGCGCUCUUGCCUUUGGAGGCAUUUAG